AUGGAGGAACCAAUGCGUUACAGUUACUACCACUACGCCGGCCUCGUCGUGGCUCUGCUCGUGAUCGUCCGGCUGAGGAAGCGCGACGGCGGCGACGGCAUCAGGCUGCCACCGGGGCCGUGGCGGCUGCCGGUCAUCGGCAGCCUGCACCACCUCGCCGGGAAGCCGCUCGUGCACCGCGCGCUGGCCGACCUCGCGCGCCGGAUGGACGCGCCGCUCAUGUACCUCAGGCUCGGCGAGGUGCCCGUGGUAGUGGCCUCGUCGCCGGACGCCGCGCGGGAAGUGAUGCGGACGCACGACGUGGCGUUCGCGACGCGGCCGUGGAGCCCCACCGUCAAGAUCAUGAUGGCCGACGGGGAGGGCCUCGUGUUCGCGCCCUACGGCGACCUGUGGCGGCAGCUCCGCCGGAUCGCCAUCCUCGAGCUGCUCUCCGCCCGCCGCGUCCAGUCGUUCCGCCGCGUCAGGGAGGAGGAGGCCGCCCGCCUCGCCGCGGCCAUCGCCGCGGCGGCUCCGGGCGAGCCCGUCAACGUCAGCGAGCGGAUCGCCGUGCUCAUCACCGACUCGGCGGUGCGCGCCAUGAUCGGGGACAGGUUCAAGAGACGGGACGAGUUCCUGGAGAUCCUCGCCGAAGGGCUGAAGCUCGUCUCAGGGUUCAGCAUCGGCGACCUGUUCCCGUCGUCGUGGCUCGCCAGCUUCGUCACCGGCGGGGCGCGGCGGGCGCGCGAGAAUCACCGCAAGAACUUCGAGCUCAUGGACUGCGCAAUCGAGCAGCACCAGGAGCGGCGAGCCGCGGCGGCGGCGAACGGCGACGUGGUGGAAGACGACGAUCUGGUGGAUGUCCUCUUGAGGAUACAGAAGGGAGGUGGCCUCGACGUGCCCCUCACCAUGGGAAUCAUCAAAGCCGUGAUCCUAGAUCUUUUCAGCGCCGGAAGUGAGACAUCAGCGACGACAAUCCAAUGGGGCAUGUCGGAGCUCAUGAGGAACCCAAGAGUAAUGAAGAAAGCGCAAGCCGAGUUGCGCGACAAUCUGCGAGGAAAGCCAAAGGUGGUCGAGGAAGACUUGAUCAAUCUAAAUUAUCUAAAGCUCGUUAUCAAGGAGACACUGAGGUUGCAUCUGCCAGCACCUUUGCUCCUUCCUCGAGAGUCUAGGGAGUCAUGCAAGAUCCUUGGAUAUGAUGUGCCAAAGGGCACUACUGUGCUUGUAAAUGCAUGGGCGAUUGGCAGAGACUCUAAAUAUUGGGAUGACCCUGAAGAGUUUAAGCCUGAGCGGUUUGAGGACAGCAAAGUUGACUUCAAAGGUAUGGACUUCGAGUUCUUACCAUUCGGAGCCGGACGAAGAAUGUGCCCUGGCAUAAUGUUUGCAUUGACAAACGUAGAACUCGCUCUUGCUACCCUUCUCUAUCACUUUGAUUGGAGCCUUCCUGGUGGGGUGAAGCCAGGCGAUCUAGACAUGACAGAAGAGAUGGGCAUCACCGUUAGAAAAAAGAAUGACCUAUAUUUAGAUGUUGUCGUUCAUGUGCCACUCCAUACAACACCUUAGUGUGUAGCUGCUUUUCAGACCCAAAUGUUAUAGAACAUUGAGAUCUAGUGUGUUCCUUCCAUUGUUUGAUAAAAAAAUGUACGCGGUCAAAUCUCUGGUUAAUAAUUAGAGAAAAAUUAUACUCAUGCAAUAUAGUCCAUGCUCUUAGGGCUUGUUUAGCAAGACACCUGCUCUCGGGUACUUGUAUGAUGGAGUUAAAUUCAAGCCAAACACUAUAAAUCCUUAAUUUUGUAAGA